AGUCCUUUGUUUCUCUCUCCUGAGAGAAAAUCUUAGGGUCUGCACAUUCACACCCACAUCCACAUCUGUAGAGAGAAAUCUCAAGAGAGAGAGAAGUGAUUCAUCGAACUCGGGAUUUAUCUUCUUUAUCGGGGUACCCAAUAUCUGUGCUGAACCAAUCGAAUUCGAAUCACUUCACUGUAGCUCUGGAUAGUCAAUUUAGGCAUUUCACAUCCCAGAAUCAGAAUAUGAGCUCUCAAAUCCGAAACAAUCAGAGAGAAAACAAUAACAAUAGGCCCAGAAACUCUGCCCAAAAUCAUCGUCAACAAUGGGUCCCACGAGGCUCUUCCUCUACGACUACGUUGAACCCGCCCUCGAGUUUUAAUUCAAACCCGGAUAGGAAUUUCAGGGACUCAAAUUGUAGUGUGAAUUUGCCAGUUGAUCGGUACAGACCCAAUUUGGGGGCCAGGGGACAAAUGGACCGGCCCUCGAGUCAUAGAAGAGAGAAAGAGAAGGAUAACAAUCAUUGUGAAAAAGGGACCAAGGAUAUGGGCUUGCCUCAACUUAUGCAAGAAAUUCAGGACAAGCUUAUGAAGGGUGCGGUAGAAUGCAUGAUUUGUUACGAUAUGGUGAGACGGUCUGCACCUAUCUGGUCGUGCCCAAGCUGUUACUCAAUUUUUCAUUUGACUUGUAUCAAGAAAUGGGCUCGUGCACCUACUUCGACUGACUUGUCAGCCGAGAAGAGUCAGGGGUUUAAUUGGCGGUGCCCCGGAUGUCAAUCGGUGCAGUUAAUGUCAUCUAAAGAGAUUCAUUAUAUUUGCUUUUGUGGGAAGAGGCCAGAUCCGCUUUCAGAUUUGUAUUUGACGCCGCAUUCUUGUGGAGAGCCUUGUGGGAAGCCACUUGAGAAGGAGCUUCCUGGUGGCAAUAUGAGUAAAGAGGAUUUGUGCCCCCAUGUUUGUGUUUUGCAAUGCCACCCUGGACCAUGUCCGCCUUGUAAGGCUUUUGCUCCGCCUCGGUUGUGUCCUUGUGGGAAGAAGAUCAUAACCACGAGGUGCUCUGAGCGGACAUCUGUUCUUACUUGUGGGCAGCGUUGUGAUAAGCUUCUUGAAUGUUGGCGGCACCGCUGUGAGAGGACUUGCCAUGUGGGUCCUUGUGAUCCUUGUCAAGUUCUAGUGAAUGCUUCCUGUUUCUGCAAGAAGAGGAUUGAGGUUCUUCUCUGUGGAGACAUGACAGUGAAGGGUAAAGUGAAAGCAGAAGAUGGUGUGUUUUCAUGUAAUUCGCUUUGUGAAAAGAAGAUUGGCUGUGGAAACCAUAUCUGUAGAGAAAUAUGCCAUCCAGGCCCUUGUGGGGAGUGUGACUUGUUGCCAGGCAGGAUUAAGACGUGCUGUUGUGGCAAAACAAGUUUACGGGAGGAGCGGCAGAGUUGUUUGGAUCCAAUCCCGACAUGCACCCAGUUUUGUGGCAAAAUGCUCCCUUGUGGUCUUCAUCAAUGUAAAGAGGUGUGCCAUUCUGGGGAUUGUGCACCAUGUCAAGUGCUGGUCGCCCAAAAAUGCCGGUGUGGAUCAACUUCUCGAACUGUGGAAUGCUACAGGACAACAAUGGAGGAUGAUAAAUUCACUUGUGAUAAACCUUGUGGGCAGAAGAAAAACUGUGGGAGACAUCGGUGCAGUGAGCGGUGCUGCCCUCUUUCUAAUCCCAACAAUUCGCUUUCGGCUGAGUGGGACCUGCAUUUAUGCUCAAUGCCUUGUGGGAAGAAGCUGAGAUGUGGGCAGCAUUCUUGUGAAUCACUCUGUCACAGUGGCCAUUGCCCACCUUGCCUUGAAACAAUUUUUACUGAUUUAACUUGUGCUUGCGGGAGGACUUCCAUUCCUCCUCCACUUCCUUGUGGAACACCUACCCCUUCAUGUCAGUACCCAUGCUCAGUUCCUCAGCCUUGUGGCCAUUCAUCUUCUCAUAGCUGCCACUUUGGUGACUGCCCACCUUGUUCAGUUCCUAUAGCAAAGGAGUGCAUUGGUGGACAUGUGGUUCUCAGGAACAUUCCUUGUGGCUCAAAGGAUAUCAGAUGUAACAAGCUUUGUGGCAAGACCAGGCAAUGCGGCUUGCAUGCAUGUGCUAGAACUUGUCAUCCCCUGCCUUGUGAUGCUUCUGCUGGGCCUAGUUCUGGUGUGAGGGCUUCUUGUGGGCAGACAUGUGGUGCUCCCCGGAGAGACUGCAGGCAUACAUGUGCAUCUCUAUGUCACCCUUCUGCUUUGUGUCCUGAUUUAAGGUGCGAGUUUCCUGUCACAAUCACAUGUUCUUGUGGCCGAAUAACUGCAACUGUGCCUUGUGAUGCUGGAGGAGGCGGUGGUGGGUAUAACAUUGAUAAUGUUUUUGAAGCUUCUAUAAUCCAGAAGUUGCCCGCACCACUUCAACCUGUUGAAACAAAUGGCCAGAAGAUCCCACUUGGGCAGAGGAAGCUCACGUGCGAUGAUGAAUGCACAAAGAUGGAGCGUAAACGGGUACUUGCGGAUGCAUUCAGUAUAACUCCCCCGAACUUGGACGUGCUUCAUUUUGGUGAGAGUUCUGUUGUUUCGGAAGUGCUUGCAGACUUGCUCAGGCGCGACCCUAAGUGGGUGUUGUCUGUUGAAGAGAGAUGUAAGGUUUUGGUCCUUGGCAGAGGCAGAGGUGGAAUCAAUGCUCUUAAAGUUCAUGUUUUUUGCCCAAUGUUGAAGGAAAAGAGAGAUGCAGUGAGGUUAAUAGCUGAGAGGUGGAAGCUUUCAGUUAAUGCUGUUGGGUGGGAGCCUAAACGUUUUAUUGUGAUUCAUGUUACUCCCAAGUCCAAAGUCCCUGCACGCGUGUUUGGUGCCAAAGGUCCUAUAUCUACAAACAUGUUACAGCCACCUGCUUUUGAUCCUUUGGUAGACAUGGAUCCCAGACUUGUCGUUGCCCUCUUUGAUAUGCCUAGGGAUGCAGAUAUAAGUGCACUGGUCCUGAGAUUUGGUGGGGAAUGUGAACUAGUCUGGUUGAAUGACAAGAACGCAUUGGCUGUCUUUAGUGAUCCUGCCCGAGCAGCGACUGCCAUGAGGAGAUUAGAUCAAGGAUCUGUGUAUUACGGGGCUGCCGUUCUUCAAAAUGGUGGUGCAUCAGCGGCCACAUCAGCUAGUAAUGCUUGGGGAGUUGCUGGAGUGGCCAAGGAUGGAGGAGCACUUGCAUCUCUGAAGGCGAAUCCAUGGAAGAAGGCUGUUGUGCCGGAGCUUGAUUGGACUGAGAGUUCGUGGGGUGCUGAGGAGGGUUCUGGUGAUCCUGCUGAAGUGGAGGUGGCGUCCAUUUGGAAGGUGAAGGAAGCUCCAAUUGCUGCUUCAGCAAACAGGUGGACUGUUCUGGACUCUGAAAUCACUUCAAGUUCAUCAUCAACUGCCCCUGUCCAGAGCAAGGAUCCUGGAGAACCAACCCCAAUCCAUAAUAACAAGUCGGGGCUUGAACCAACCCUGAAAGCAAGUAGUUCAAAUGUUGUAGGACAGCCAGAAGGGGAGGUCGACGAGAUGUCUGAUGUAGUGGAUGAUUGGGAGAAGGCAUGUGAUUGAGAGUGGAUGCGCGCGCGUACAUGGAAUAUGUAUGUAUGUUCUUUUAGUAUCAUUUCAUUUGUAUCUCCUGCGUAUUCUUUUCCUUUUUUGAUCUAUUAGGGGGUUUGUGGUUCCUUUUUGGGUUUGGAUUACACAACUCCUAUCAUCUAUAUUUUUUCUUUUAGUUCUUAUCUUUUUUGUUUAUAAAAACCAUUAAUAUGCAGAGGAAGUGCUUACCUCUUUUCAAUGAAAAGUUAUUGAUUUUGUAAGAGUUAUGAUUAUAAGCUACAGUCUAC